AUCUCCACAGUAGAGAACAUGAGCAAGCGUGGUGAUACUGAUGCAGAUGGCACAGAGGGUUUCUGUCUUUUCCCUUGUUCCACAGCCCACCUGCGGCAUAAGAAGACGUUGAGUCGAUGAGUUGGACUGGAUCAAAUAAAGAGUAGGAAUGUGCGAAGAAGUAGAGUAGAGAUCCAAGGAGAGGAGACCACCAUCACCACCAUGGCUGCCGCCUCAAAGGAAAAGAGAUUUUCGACUUUAUAACUUUUCAUUUUGGUGAAAGAUGACUCCUUUUUUGAUGUAUGCACAGUGAAUGUUCCUUUCUCCCUGCUGCUAAGCUUCGAGUGGCACCAAGUUGGUAAAGCUGCCUCUACAUUGCUUGAAGAAGUCAGAAAUGGCGAGGAGGAAAUUAUAUAUAUGGAGAUGUAGAAGGGAGGAGGGGUUUUUGUGCUUUUGAGGAGAAAGAUUGGAUUUUUUAGGUCGGGAAGGAAAUAAAGGAGGGAUUUUUAGGUAGAUGAAAGGGUUUUGGGAUCUUAAUCGCGUGGCCUCGUUGGAGGAGGACGACUACGGCGACCUGGCGGAAGCGUUGCCCGCCGGCGGAGAGGAGGAUAAGAGCAAUACGGUAGGGGUGGCCUCCGCCGACGCCGAAUACAAUGCGUCUAGCUCCGGAGGAGCUGUCGGUGACGAGGGCGAGGCGUGUUGCUGCGCCGGUAAGAUCUUCGGAUUUUCCAUCCGCGCGGAGGAGAGCGAUCCGCCGGCAGUCGUCACAAGGCAGUUCUUUCCGUUGGGCGGAAUCGUCGGGGGUAGCGGAGGUGGUUCUGUGCCUCCGCCCCUGAUGCCGCCGCCUGGUUCUCAAUGGGCCGGCGGCCUCAGGUUCUGCCACUCGGCGGAGCGGGUGGUGGUCGGGAAGCCAACAGAGGUGCUGCAUCCGGUGAAGAAGAGCCGCCGCGGGCCGAGGUCAAGGAGCUCCCAGUACCGCGGCGUGACCUUCUACCGGAGGACCGGCCGGUGGGAGUCCCACAUAUGGGAUUGUGGAAAACAAAUCUAUUUGGGUGGUUUCGACACUGCUCAUGCUGCAGCGAGGGCGUACGAUCGAGCAGCGAUCAAGUUCCGUGGCAUCGACGCAGACAUCAACUUCGACUUGGAAGAUUACGAAGAAGAUCUGAAACAGAUGGGCAAUCUCACCAAGGAGGAGUUUGUUCAUGUUCUUCGACGGCAAAGCACGGGCUUUCUGAGAGGCAACUCCAAGUACAUUGGCGUCACAUUGCACAAAUGUGGGAGAUGGGAGGCUAGAAUUGGACAGUUCUUGGGGAAGAAAUAUGUGUAUCUUGGGCUCUUCGACACUGAAAUUGAAGCUGCUAGAGCUUAUGACAAGGCUGCGAUCAAGUGCAGCGGUAAAGACGCGAUAACAAACUUCGAUCCUAGCUUUUACUCGAAUGAGCUCGAUCCACAGACUGUUUCUGUUCAGCAUAAUUUGGACCUGAGUUUGGGGAGCUCAGGAUCUAAAGACUCAAAUGGAAAGGACCAGGGAGUUUCACUCGGCGCAGAGCCUGAAUGGAGUCGCAACACCAGAGUAAAGUUUCCUGAGAUCGAAAGCAGAGCCUGUGAGACGAGCAAGUACCCUCAGCUUCUGAGGAGAAAUGAAGCCUUUCCGUUUGUCGAAAUCAUUCCACCCAGAUUUCAUCAAUAUGCAAGCAGCACAGAUGGCACGCGGUUCGGUUGGGGGAACAGCAGUAGAACUUGGUUGCCAGCCACUACGCCGUCGGCUCACUUCUUCUCGGCGGCCAAUUCUGCAGCAUCAUCAGGAUUCCCACCACAGACACCAGCAUUGCCUUUCAAUUGGCAACAGCAGAAUGAGUACCAGUCAAUUAGGCCAAGCUAAAAGAAAGCACAGGGAUCUAUUGCCUCCGCUGUAAAAGGACCCACUUUGGCCUUGUUUUGUUGCACCACUUCAACGAAACAACUCGAAGAAGGCAGUCACUUGGAUGGCUGAACUCUGAAGGGAGUAGUGUUUGUGCGUUUUAAAGGGAAGGUUGUUCUCCCUUGUGUCUUAAGGGAAGGAAUCUCCUCUUGCAUAGUAGUUCAGAUUUUUUGAUCUAGUUCAUGCAAUGUAAAACUACUACUGGCUGCAAAAGUUUACAUUGUUUUAGUGCAAGAGAACUAAGAUUAAAUUUUACAUAAAGCUCCCCUUGGUUCAAUAUA